ACUCUCAAAAUCUUUGUAGUUAAUUUCCAGCAAAUUUCUCCACCCUUGCGGUUUCAGUUUUGAGCAUUGACAAGGAAAAGUGUCCCAAAGAUACUAUAAUGGAAGGACUUAGGAUGCUUAGGGAAGCCUUCCCUCCCUCGCUUGGGCAACUAUACAUCAGCGGGUGUCUGCAUCUAAGACGACAGCGCUUUGAGGAGAAAGGAGACUACUGGACUCUCACAUGGAGCAUCCCAAACGUUUGGAUAUAUGAGGAUGUGGAUGAGUAUGAUGAGUCAGAAAUGAAUGAUCCAACUGUGUACUGUGUUCCCUCUGUAUUCAUCCUAAGUCACAUCCAAGAUUGCAGCACAAACACCACUACAUUAUCUGCUGCUUUACCUAACAAUGGGCUGACUUGGAAAGUAGCUUCAAGAUUUAACAAGUUGAUGAAAAAUGGUGGUGUUCACAAAUCUAUCGUAGUUGCUGGCUUGCAGCUAUAAUCUUCUACCCUCCAAAGAAUGCCCUCUCUGACAUGGAUUUUCUUUGAGUUUCUCUAGUAACUUCCCUUGAUCAAUUCCCUAAAUCAAGGACAAUUCAAGGAUAUAUAUAAAGGUGGAUGGAGUAAAGCUUCGAGGCAGCAUUAUGCACAAAUCAUUUCGAGGAUUCUUGUGUUGUAUCUAUCCAUCCAUCUGGUGUUAAGAAAACUCUUCAUGAACGCAUACAUGAACUGCAUGGAGCUGGGACUUUGGAUGUAACAAGUCAGUGGAGCUUUGAAUAACAGCUUGUGGCUGGUUUUGAUCAACAUUGCAAAAACAGUGUAGAGACUGUGAGAGUGAGUUGCAACAGGAAGGUUAGUAGAGGAGUCAGGGUUCUACUCGAUGUCAACAGUGAUUUGGUCUCCAAUUCCUCUUGGUACACAAUCAGCACACUUUAUGAGAUUCCCAAUUUGAUUGGAGAUUUUGACUUCUAGCUUUAUUUUGGUGAUGAUUAAUACCUUAGUGAUCCAACAAUUUUAUUCUUAAUGACUUAUUUUUGUGUACAACCUCUAGUGUUUCCUAAAGUAGAGGAAACUUUGUAAUAAUGCUAUUUUUAAAGUGUGUGUUUUACUGGAUUAGAUUUCGUGAUUUUUUCCACUAAAAGAAUUAUCACAUUAAAAAAUCUAGUGUCUUAUUUUUGUGGAUACAGAAGAAUACCAGUUGAAUGUGUUAUAUACGCAAAUGGGUUUUUUGUUCCAUGAAUCCCCAAAAGCUGGAAAAGCUUGCUUUUAUCUUUGUUAUACCUUUUCAAAUUCAAGUUAUUAGUUGUGCUGGAUGGAUUCUUUGGUGGUAGAUCAUAAUUGAACUUGAGUAUACCCUUCAACCCAAACACGGCUUUAGGAUUUGAUUCAUAUACGUAUUUUUGAAUUCAACUGAGUAAAACAUAUGAUUCUUA